AUGGCAUAUCAGUCAUUGAACGCAGGAAGCGGACGAUUGAUCCAGGAGAAACAACACACGACAGAUCCAAAAGCACAAUAUUAUCCAGUGGAACGGAUAUCUUCACGGCAUGCCUCUGAAGAAACACUGACACACGACACGUCAAUAACCACUGCUCGGAAGGGUGUCAAAACUCGACGGUGUACCACAUCUAUCGUUGAUACAUGGACGCUGGAGAUCGUGCUGUCGAUACUCGCCCUAGGGUGUCUGGCGGCGAUCACAGCGGUGCUCCUGACCUACCGUGGCAAAGCCGCACCCUCGUUACCCUUCAACAUGACACUCAACACACUCAUUUCCAUCAUCGCCACUGGAGCGAAGUCUUCCACCAUCGCCGUCGUGGCAUCUUCACUCGGACAAGCCAAAUGGAUCCAUUUUCGCAGCGGCACUCGCCCACUAAGCCAGGUACAACUCUUCGACGAUGCAAGCUCUGGGCCACUAGGCUCGAUGUGGCUAUUUUUCGGCAAGGCUGCAUUGUCGUUACCGGCGAUUGGAGCGCUACUCAUCAUCGUAGCUCUCCCUUACGACCCAUUCAUCCAGCAGCUCAUCACAUUCUCCCAACCUGAGUCCACCGGUGUGCUUACCAGUAAAGCCAACGCCUUCUUCAUGACCGAGAGUGCCUUCCGCACUCAAGCCAUCUCCAACGCGAUUUAUGGCAACAUCGACGACUUCGGCCGCCGGCCCAGUUGCCCUUCCGGAAACUGCACUUGGGCGCCCUUCGACUCGCUCGGCUGGUGCAGCAAGUGCGAAGACAUGACCUCAGAGGUCAACACCGAUGACUGCACUUGGUCCUUCUCCUCCCUUUCCGACCUCGACCCCAGCGUUGGCGAAUACACCGGCGCAUGCAAUAUCUCCUUUGGUAAAGGCAACUCACUACCACUCCAAUGGUCCGUCUCCCUCACCAACGCCACUCGUCCCACUACCGGCAGCACCAGCGUCUGGACAUUCAACAUCGACAACGAAGCGAUCUGGACUAUCGCCCAGUCGACCGAUUUCGCCCGUCCGUCCCCGAACGCCACCUAUCUUUCCGUGUCCUGGCCCCAACUUGUCCUCGGCUACCUGCGCAUGGACUUCGCCGACCCUUCCGCCCCAGAAAAGGGUGCCACGUUGUCGAAAGCUACUCAGUGCGUCUUAUCCUAUUGCACCACCACCGAUACUGUCCGCGUCGCCGGCAGCGGCGUCCACCAGCAGAACCGCAGCGAGCCCAACUUUGGCACCGUGUUCCUCAACCCUGACGGGCGGCCCUGUUGGACUGCGGACCCCGGAGCGGCGGUCAAUGAAGGGGCAGCGAAUGAUUACACGAACAUCACAGUGUACGCCCGCUCCCGCUCCCUCCUUCAAGGAGUCGAAAGCACGUACUCCAUCGACCCGGCGCACUUCACCUUCUGCUACGAUGAUCCGGGGUCCGUCAAUCUCACGCAAGCGCCCGGUGCAUGGGGCGCUGAACUCGCGCGUGCGGUCACAGGAACUCUCGUUACUGUCGGUAAAUUCGGACCAGGCGCGGCAGAGUCCAUGGACUCGGAUUUGAGGGCUGCGGGUGACGAUAUCGGGGAUGGGUUCAGCUAUAUCGUUAACUUCGACCGAGACAUUGCAGGCGUGGCGGAGAGGAUGGCCGCCGCGUAUACAGAUUUGGGGUAUGACAGGAAUAAGAGCGUGAACACGACGGAGGAUAUGAAGGGGCUGAUGUUCUCGAACGAGCGGCUGAUGCAAUUGAGGUGGUGGUGGGGAGCUUUGCCGGUGGGCAUUUGGGUAGUGAGCGUUCUGUUCUUGGUCUUCGUGGCGGUGAAGAGCAGGAGUCUGGGGCUGGAGGUGUGGAAGGGAGGCACGCUGGUGUAUCUAUUCAGUGGUAUUGGAGAGCAGCAUUGUAGGGCUGGAAUGGCGAGCACUGUGGCUGCUUUUCCUGGUCCUGCUACUGCUUCUGGGUAUAGCCGCAGCGGCCUCCCGAGCGUAGGGAAGCUGAGCGAAAUGGAGAGCAUCGCGCGUAGAACAGGCAUCAGGCUGAGCGGCAGCAAAAGCGAGCAGAAGCGGAUCGUCAUCGAGUCGCGAUCGAUGGGUGACGAUGCUGGAGUAAAGUAUUCUGGGUGA